AUGGAUUGGACCGCUGCCGAACACGAGAGUGGGGUAACGCAGAAUCAUCAGCACAGAAUGCAGGCCGAGGAUCAUGAUUCUUUUACAAGAGAGGUUCAAAAACUUCCACCACCGCCGGCCGCCAAUGCGGGUGCGCAGAACUCAUCCGACCCGGCGGAUGAACAGGGUUGGCCACAGCGUGUGUUGAAUGAGAUGAAAGAUAUGCUACUUCUUCUCAGCCCCGACGGUAAGAUCUUAUAUGCAUCGCCAUCUUGCAAAUCCAUCACCGGCUACGACGCAGACCAACUACAGCAGAACGUCUUGGAGCGCUUUAUACACAAUGAUGAUAAGACCCUAUUUGCCGAGGAGAUGAAAGAGUGUAUCACAACGACUCGUCCAGUGUAUUGCCAUUUCCGGUUUCGCAAGAAAGACAACAAUAGCAAUACAUCUUGUCUCUUGGAGGCACAUGGCCACCCGCAUAUGGAAAUUUCCGAGCCGAACGAUAAUUCUGAAAAUCAAGAUCAAGAUUGCAUUGGCGUUUUUCUUCUGUGCCGACCUUAUCCCACGAGGGGCUCUCAGCUGGUCGACUCAUUUCUGGAGCAUAAAAUCGAGAACGUGCGACUCAACCAGCGCAUAGCACAGCUAAGGCAGGAAGAGGAGGAAGACCUGGCAUCGGGCCAACAGCUAUAUCCAGGCGACUCCACGGGCGAUUCCACCUCCCGCCACAAUUCCUAUUCAAGCCGAUCCCAUUCCAAUCAGUCGUCGUUCCGCGAAACCACUGGGUCUGGUGAUGAGAACGAGUCAUCUGACACACUCACAAAUGAUGAUCCCGACUCCCGGUCGUACCUGGAGAAUGUCGCUGACAGACUUGCCCAAGCGGAGGACAUGUCUCAUAUUGAGGGAAUCGAGAUGCUGACGGGUCUACACUACGGUGAUGGUGAACGUUCCCAGGGACUCAGUACUGGCAUUCGCCAGGGUCGCCUCAUCCACUAUGAUAUGGAAUCUGCCAAGCUAGACCAGCAGGCCCGCGUCAUCCAGGACAGCGAUCGAAAGAAAAGACAGAAAGGUGAAUAUAUGUGUAGCGAUUGUGGAACCUCAGACUCUCCUGAGUGGAGAAAAGGACCUGAGGGACCCAAGACUCUGUGUAAUGCAUGCGGAUUACGCUGGGCCAAAAAGGAAAAGAAACGACAAGAUCAAAUUUAG